UUUCCUGUAUAUCUAACAAGAAGUGGAAAUAUAUAAGCAUGGGCGAAUCGAACGCUUACAACGUUGAAGCAAGGACGGGAAUGCACGAUUUCGACGACGAAGUUCAAGGCAUAAGAGAAUAUUAUCAUAACCGCAUGGGCAUAGAGGUGGGCGAGACGAACGUGUUGGUCCACGUACAAGUAAUGACCGGUCGGAGAUACGCGUUUUCUCAAAACGGCAGGAUAAAUUUGGAGAAAGUCUUCACGUCAAACAUCGCCUAUUAUCCCUUGCAAUCGAUCGUGUCCGAUAUCUCCACUUACGAUUCUUACCACUCGACUUUCAGAAGUAUACACGACGUUUUCCCGUUGGGUUCCACUUGCUUCAUACUUACAAAUCUGUAUUACGGUUCCCAAGGCAUAGUACAAGACAGCAAAGAAGCUUUGAAGAACGGCAGAGUAAAAAUUGGUAUUACGGUGACUAAGGAGCCCGAUCUGUCGAGCAUAAAAGAAAUGCACGCGAGGAUGGUGAGGAGCUACAAGGCGUUGUACCACGUGGCAAGUCAAUUAA